GAAUGGUUCGCUUUCUUUCCCAGCUUGAUGCUAGACAGUAAUUGGAUGGAGGAAGACAUUGAGGAGCACAAUGCCAAAGCUGCAGUUUUUCAUUGCGAAUGCCCUUGGGGUGGCUAUUUGGUGAAAUUCGUGCUGAAUGGCGUCGUGGUGCAAGACCCGCCGUCAGUUGACAGCCAUGUUCUCAUACGCCCGGAAGUCAGGGUGCUGCAUGAGAACGAGAUGGAGGCUGUCGCUAGGAUCCGGCCCGAGUUGCUGGAGUUACACGAACCUGGCACAAUUACCGUGCAGCAAGUCUCCUCCUGGGGCCUGUUCCGGUUGGGCAGCCUUUUGUUCGCCGACAUGGAAUCACCAGUCGGCAAGAAUUCCAGCGAGCUGCCGUGGAGCUCAUCCACCGCGAGCUAUCAAAAUCUGCGCCGGGAUUUUCCCCAUGUUGGUGACAGUUCCUUAUCGAUGUAUCAGGAUGGUGUGGGUCGUGCAGGAUUGUUGGUAUGCCGCCCAUGCGGAGCAGAUGGCAGGUUCGAUGUUGUUGGUGUUUUCAAUGUUCCGCGAGAGAAGUUUGAGAGCUGGGCGAGGAUUCACUACAAGCUUGUUGUGGAGUCAGCGCAAAGAGUUGCAGAUCGGCUCCUCAAUGGCCCAUACAUUUCUGCAAUGCGAGAGAGUGAUGACAACUUUUAUCUUGUUUUGACAAUUCAAAGUUGCAAGCGUGGCUUGCCCUUGGUCCCAUUAGUCACUGACGAGCCUCCCACGACAACCAUUGCAGCAGGAGAACGACUUGGGCUGGAUCGUUGGGUGCGCUUCAGCCCGGAGAGCGUUGGCAGCUCAAAGUUUUAUCUGUCAGAGUACAUCAAAGUACUCCUUCUCAACGUCGGGGAGACCAUUGACGUGUUCAAUUCCAUGGAUGGGCGUAAUCUCAUGCCUUAUCAAUGUGUGGUGCGUCGUGAGCAGUGGAUGGCAGUGAGGACACGAUUCAUUGAAGUCUUCCUUUUGCAGAAAACUGCUUAUCGACGUGCAAACGGCGGAUCCACCGCACCAAGCAUGCAUGAAGGCUUCGAACCGCGAUUCAGUCCAGAUCCCUCCUUGACACUGUUGAGGGAGAGCCUAAGCAGAUGCAGCUCGCAGACUCCACAACACAGACUCCUGGUGCGACGUACGUUCCUAGAACUGGAGGAUGAGCAGGAGGAUGACGAGUGCGCGUCUGAAAGACAUCGACGCCGACACAAAACUACAACAGUUCUCCCUGAUGACUGUUCAAUUGACUGGCCCAUCCUCGCAGCCUAA